AACCUGCGGAUCUGCCGGAUUUUGCUGCUCACCCUCAACAUGCCCCGGUUCCAUCUCCUCCUCUGGCUACUGGUGGAGCUUGGGCGUUUUCACCUGUCUUCCGCCGACCCUGCGACGGUGGUCACUGGGUACCUGGGCCAGGCCGUGAAACUGCCCUGCCAGCACCCGUCCUGGUCCCCACUAAGCAACAGCAUGUGCUGGGGCAAGGGCGCGUGUCCCAAAUCCAAGUGCAAGAACGAGCUGGUGCACACGGAUGGCACACGCAUGCUCUCCAGGACCUCCUCCCGCUACAGCCUCCAGGGCCCCAUCUCGCGGGGCAACGUGUCCCUGACCAUCUCCAACACCCGGGUGAGUGACAGUAGCGUGUACUGCUGCCGCAUCGAGGUGCCCGGCUGGUUCAAUGACAUCAAGAGGAACAUCCGGCUGCAGCUGAAGAAGGCCCAGGUGCCACGCACGACCCUCCAGCCGAGGACCACCACGAUCACCACGACCAAGGCCUGGACCUCUAGCACACCUCUGCUUUCCACCACCGGGGCGCCCACCCCCGAAAUCACCACCACAGCCCCGCCGCAAGCCAGCACGUGGGCCCCCGCCGCGGUGACCACCUGUCCCCUGAACACAGAGAGCUCCCUGCCAGCCACAUCCCCGACACUCACCACGGAGCUGGCCAUGUUCCCGACCCUUGCCACGGAGCCAGCUACGUCCUUGACCCUUGCUACAGAGCUGACCAUGGAGCCGGCCAUGGAAGGCACCACCACGUAUACCAAUGCAGAGUCCCAAACUUCAGUUCUUCCGUCCGGACCGGGGACAGCCACGCUGGACGUGAGCCAUGUGUCCCAUGGGGCAGGAGCCUCAGAGACCUCGCAGGGCCCAGCAGGAGUGGAGGAGAUCCAAAUGACAGACCACCGUGAUCUGCUGAUGGUCAUCGUCCCCUCUGUGGGCCUGCUGCUCUUCCUGAUCUUGCUCGUCGUUCUCCUUCGAGGGAAAAUCACAGAGAACGUCUGCUUCCAGAAACACAGCAGGCUGGAGGAGAGCAAGCGGGGCCUCAACGGCAUGCAGCGCAGAGGGGAGGAUGAGGAUGAGGAUGGCUUAUUCACACUCUGAAGACCUGCUUUGUCCGGGGGAAGUCCCCACCCCACCCUGUGUCAGGUCCCCUGGGGCAGGACCUGGAGGGGGUGGGAAGGACUUGAGAGACUGCUCCUUCUCUGCGCUGGGCUCCAGUCCCCUCCAUUGUGUGCCUGCCGGGUCGUCUUCCCCCUGGUGAUCCUUGAAUGCCUCCCUGAACGGGGAGCUCACUCCCACUUCACACCCUCCUGACACCUGGAAUCUGAGCCCCGCCAUAUCUCACCGAUGAGAUAUUUUGCGUUGGAUGCCAGGGGCAGACACAGAACCUGGUUUUCUGACCCAUGUGCACCCCAGUCGCUCAAAUGAGACCUUGUUCCGGGUUCCGGUUUCUGAUUUCUCCUCCACCCUCAUCUGCGUUUGCGUCUUUUGGAGUCCCGUGCCCUGGGCCCCUGGGCUGUGUCGCAGGGGCAGGCAGCCCCACCCUCAGUGAUGCAGAGACACCCCCCUGCCCGCCCUCACCGACUCUUCACUCCCCCUCUUAAGACCCCGAAGUCUUCUGAUUGUCUCUGUUUCUUAUUUGAGGGUCUUGACAGGCGUUCACGGGGUGCGUGCGAAUUCUCUCCUGGGGAGCUGGCAUGAACCCCAGAGCGGGCGCCAGGCUGGUAAGGGGGUCCCCACUCCUCUGGACAGAAGUCAGAGCACCCCACUUCUAGAGAGCAUCAGAGUCACUUCAGAUGGAGGUGAAGUGACUGGGAGAGGUAUCACACCUACGCCGCACCCCUAGGGGAUGCCCCCUCCCCCACCGUGUGGACAGAAGGGUGGGAAGGUCAUGAGAGGGACGGGAGGUGGGGGAGGCCUGAGCAUGGGUAAGUCACAGGGGGGACUGGCAGAGUGUCACCGCAAUAAAGCCCGUCUCUCACCAGCUGGUCUGGGUCAGAGCAGGAAACAACCGUCUACCCCCUCGGUUUGUUUGCUAGAUUACUUCACAGGCUCGGACCAACCCCAACAGUUGGUUAGAGGAGGAAAUGGGGCAUCACUCUCACCCCGGUGUGGACCUGGGAAAAAGGAAGCAGGUUACAAAUGGGGGUCUUAUUAACAAAUAAAACAUGUCGAUCGGCAGGAGAAAGCAAGUCAGUCGCAGCUGAAGCUUCAUCGGCCCCUCUUGACAGCUGACCCGGGGCAGCUUUGGUCCUGUUGUGGUCCAUCCCGUCCAUCCCCUGCUCUGGGCCUGGUCCUAUGCCCGGAAGUGAAGAUGCACAGUGAGAAAAUGUCCUUCUGGUCUGUUCCCGUCAAAGCGAACGCCAGCACACUUUCUAACUUGUAUUUUUUUUUUUUUUACUUUUUUUGGGGGGGGUCACACCCAGCAAUGCUCAGGGGUCACUCUUGGCUCUGCACUCAGAAAUCACUCCUGGCGGUGCUUGGGGGACCAUAUGGGAUGCUGGAGAUUGAACCCAGGUCGGCUGCGUGCAAGGCAAACGCCCUACCCGCUGUGCUAUCGCUCCGGCCCCUCUAACUUGUAUUUUAAUGACUGAAAAUGAGAUUAAAAAUAGCCCCCACCCUUUUUCUUAGGUCCUGUCCAAAUUAUGAACUAGUGUUUCUUCAUUGUAGAAACCAUUCUUUACAGUGAAAAGAAAAAUAAAACCCCGAGUUGGAUACAGACCUCUAUGUAUUUUAUUCCAUGCUGCGGUUAAGCCAAAUCAAAAGCUGUGAGAAUAAAAAAAAAAAAAAAGAGUUCUCCAGGAAGUGUGUGGAUGGGCAAGUGGUUUAUUCACAGGUUGUAGUUUCUGUUUUGCAAAACUACCAAACUUUACAAAAAAUGUCACCCUGCAUGACAUCAGAUGUUAUUCAUAACCAGCAAUAGAAAACGAAUUUUCUACGGUUGCUUUUCGGCAGAUCUGAGU